UUGAUUAGAAUGUUUAACAAUCGAGUUUUGUGUUUGACAUGCUUGAAGAACUAAGAAUCGUAAACCAUGAUUUUGAUGUUAAAACUAUGAAUUAAUGAUGCCAAAAUGAUCUAUGAACCUUGGAAAACACUUUUAUAUACUCUAAUUGAAGUUUGGUGAGUAAAAGUGACAUUUCCGCAAGUUGGCUCGAGCCAUCUCCGCCCGGCAGUAAUAAGAAAAUGGAGUACCGAAACAAGCUGGUCUUGGCCCCGAUGGUCCGAGUUGGAACCCUACCAUUUAGGUUAAUGGCAGUGGACUACGGUGCAGACAUUGCAUAUGGGGAAGAGAUCAUUGAUCACAAACUUCUCAAAUGCGAGCGCCGAGUCAAUGAUGCACUGGGUACUAUUGACCUACUGGAAAAGGGAACGGGAAGUGUUGUUUUCAGAACAUGUUCUGAAGAAAGAAAUCGAGUCGUGUUUCAAAUGGGCACUUCUGAUGCUGUGAGGGCUCUUAAUGCUGCUCAGAUGGUGUGUAAAGAUGUUGCUGCAGUGGACAUCAACAUGGGCUGCCCUAAAUCCUUCUCUAUCUCUGGAGGGAUGGGUGCUGCACUGUUAACUAAACCAGAGCUCAUUCAUGAUAUUUUGACAACAUUGAGGAGGAACUUAGAUACACCCAUAACAUGCAAGAUUCGUCUCUUGAAAUGCUCGCAAGAUACUGUAGAGUUGGCACGUCGAAUUGAGAAAACUGGAAUCUCUGCCCUAGCUGUCCAUGGAAGGAAAGUUCCAGACAGACCAAGAGAUCCAGCUAAAUGGAGUGAGAUUGCUGAUGUUGUUUCAGCACUAUCUAUUCCAGUUAUUGCAAAUGGCGAUGUUUUUGAGUAUGAUGAUUUCCAAAGAAUCAAAGAUGCAACAGGUGCAUCAUCUGUGAUGGUUGCCAGGGGCGCACUUUGGAAUGCUUCUAUAUUCUCUCCUAAGGGCAAACUACCCUGGGAUGAUGUGAAAAAAGAGUAUGUGAGGAAGGUAUUUGGUCUCUGCUAAUACUCUCCUGGGAAAAGAGUAUCCUAUGGGACAAUGACAUCAAAAGCACUAAGCAUACACUGAAGGAAAUGAUCAUGCAUUAUUCUUGCCUUGAAUUCCCCGAGGGAAAGGCUGUGAUAAAAUCCGAGACAUUGGAACAUUUAGCGAAAUUUUACGAGGAAGAAAGCUAUUAUCGACACGUAAUGCAGAAUAGGUGUGUUUCUGGAGGAAGCAGAUGACACUGAUUUUAUUGGGAUGUCAAGAAAAAAACAGCAUAUAUGUGCAUUUAAGUAAUUUAGAGCUGUGUUGUA